AACCAUUUGGAGUACGAAGUUUCUCUGGCGCUCUACCGUACUUUUGACAGUUCUGCCAGUCUGGCUGACAGUCAGUCAGUCGAUCAGCUGACGGCAGGCUGGGGGAUACAGUUGCCUUUUGCAGUUACAUAUCUUGGAUCCUUUAAAGAAGUGACGAACGUGGGGUCAAGUCUACUGUCACAAAGCAAAUGAUGCAUGACAGCAAGGAACCAUUGCAUUCUGCAGGUGGAAGUGUCUACAUAAAGGCAGAACUUCUUCAUCAUGAAGACAGUGAUUACAGCCUCGAAAGCUCUUAUGGUCGUAGCGGAGGUUCUGAUUGUGACACAAAAUCUGAAACUGCUUACAUGGUAGAGAAACUUAUGUCCAAUAACAACAGCUAUGGUGACUCUUUGGAUGCUUCCUGCAGCCCAUCUGAAGUUUCCUGUAAAGAGGAGAAGUUUUCUCCUCAUGAUGAGAGUAUCAGUACCCUAAAUUCAUACAAAUAUGAAGGAGCUCUUGGGAAUGUCAAAAGGGAAGUUGAAUCAGGUGAUUGUAAGAUCCCACCUAUUACUGAAGAAACCUGGUCUUGUAAGCCUUGCAGUGUCAAUUUUAGUUUUAAAGAACAACUCGCGGCUCACGUAGUUCAGCAUCCCCCUUCCAGUAACCAAACGUUCGCCUGUGAGAUCUGUAAUAAAGAGUAUACUAAGAAAGGAAAUCUCAAGAUUCACAUGAGACAGCACACUGGGGAACGGCCAUUCUCUUGCGAUAGUUGCUCCAAGACAUUUACUCAAAAAGAGCACUUGAACAAGCACAUGAGGUAUCAUACCAGGGAAAGACCUUUUAAAUGUGAAAUAUGUUCAAAAUCAUUUAUGGACAAAGGGUACUUGAAUAUACACAUGCGGCAGCAUACGGGCGAGCUUCCAUUUACUUGUGAAGUGUGUGGCAAAGGUUUUACAGAAAAAGGAGCUCUCAAGAAGCAUAUGAUCAAGCAUACUGGGGAGAGGCCAUUCACCUGUGAAAUCUGCGGUGCUGGGUAUACUCAGAAGGCCAUUCUCACCAUACACAUGCGACAGCACACUGGAGAAAGGCCAUAUUCGUGUGAAGUCUGUGGUAAGGAUUUCACAGACGAGGCAAACCGAAAGAGACACAUGCAGAGACAUUCAACAGACAACCCCAUCUGCUGUGACGUGUGCGGAAAGGUGUUUGCUUUUAAAAACACCCUUCAGAUUCACAUGAGGCAUCAUACGGGCGAGCUUCCAUAUUCCUGUGAUGUUUGUGGAAAAGCUUUUGCUGUGAAAGGAAACCUGAAUACUCACAUGGGGAAACAUAAAGCUAAAAAGCCAUAUAAUUGUGAAACUUGCGGUAGAGGUUUUUCACAAAAGGGAAAUCUUGACAAGCAUAAGAAACAACAUGCAGUCAAGAGACCAUUCUCUUGUGAAAUUUGUAACAAAGAUUUUAUUGAAAGAGGGAACUAUGAUGUACAUAUGAGAAAGCACACAGGUGAGCGGCCUUUCAUUUGUGAAAUAUGUGGCAAAGAUUACGCCAAGAAGGAAAUCCUCUCCAGGCACUUGCGGCAACACACUGGAGAGAAACGGCACUGCUGUGAGAUCUGCCCCAAAAGUUUUACUGAAAAAGAGAACCUCAAAGUACACAUGAGAAAGCAUACGGGCGAACGGCCGUUUCCCUGCGAAACUUGUGGGAGGAGCUUUUUCGAGAAGAGAAGUCUUAAGAGACAUAUGAUUCAGCACACGGGCGAGCGUCGCUUUGCAUGCGGAUUGUGUGGUAGAAAGUUUACUAGAAAAGAAAGUUUAAUUAGACACAAAAAUUGCUCUCCUGUGGAACAGAGUGCAGACCCUUCCCUUGCCCUUCAUCAUGAUAUUGAACAGACUGUGAAGUCUCCACUCUCUCAAGUUCAUAUUAUUGAACAAAGUACAGACACUCUGCUUCCCUCCAUUCCCUCCCUAGAACAUGUCAAGUCUGAACCUGAGAAUGCAGACGUGUCUAUAAAAGAAGAGAAGAUAGAUGAGUGUUUUGUAGAAGACAAUCUUGUGAUUUUUUCUUCUUAGUGAUUAUUGUACAUAAAAGAAUUGUAUACCAAUAAGUAGUUGUUCUGUAGCAAAAUGGAGAGUUUAUCAUGUGGUAGGCAUUAGAUUCAAUAACUACGUACAUAAUAUGUCUAAGGGAAUGCAUACUGUAAAAGUAUCAUGACUAAUAAUUUACAGUGUUUUGUUAUAGUAUGUAUUCACAGAUGUAAGGAGUCAUGGCAUUUUCUGUCAUUGUUCCCUAGCUGUUAAUAAUAUUAUUUAAGAAUUAUAUGUAAAUUUUAUUAAUUUAAAGGUUUAUAUAUGUUGUAACUAUCAUCAGACUGCUAGAUAGGAUUAAGAUGAUUUAUAUUUCAGGGCAGUUCCCAGAAUAAUGUUCUUUAUUUCUUCCAAAAAAUGUGAGAUGUAAAAUUUUCAGACAAUUGUAGUAACAGUAACUUUGUUGUAAAACAGUUAAAUUUUAGUCUAUACAGUGGUGAGAGAUGGUGUGUGUGACUAGGAUUAGGCAAUUCAAGGUCCAGUAUGUAGAAUGAAAUUUACCUUUUGCAUUAGUUGGUGUUUUUUCUCAUUUAUCUAUUUAUUUAAAGUAUUUAUUUAUUUAUUUACUGUAUUUAUUUUGAGAAUUGAAAUCACAUUUAUUGGUUGAUGUUAGAGGCUGACCAAUCUUGUACGUACUACUAUUAGGAAAACUACUGUUGUCUCAUUUUACACCAAAGUUUUAGCACUGACUACUUCAGCAUUGAGGAAUGUGCUUGUUGAUAACUUUCUCAUACUGAUGGAAAUUGCUCAGCCCGUUUAAUUUGCUGUGUGAUGACUGAACCUUUUGAAUCGCUAGACCAUCUUUUAUUGACUCCUUUCUUAUUGAAAGACACUGUUAGUUAAAGUUUUGUUAAUAGACGUGAAUAUUUGUUACUUGUUAAACUUCAUUCAUUUUUUAUUGGGUGGAUAUUAUUUACUGACAGUAACCAAAUUUUUGUAUACUCUUCAAUUUUUGCAUUGGAUGUAUUAUUUAAACAGGGAAUUUAAAAGAUGAAACUACCAAAUACGUAGAUACUAUGGUUUCUACAUAGGUACAGUAUAUUGUUUCUUUUGGAAAAUACUGUAUAUUGAAAAUAUUCUUUUACUGUAAUUGCAUUUAAUGCAAGAUAGUGUAAUGUUACUCUGUUGUUUUCUCCAUUUACAAAACUUUUAUCUUCAUUGGUUGUUUAGCACAAAAGGUCACUGAAAAUAGGAUUUCAGGGAAACUGUUGGAUCAUCAUUUGUUACGAAGACACUUGAAUGGAGGUGACAUUCUCUUUUGUAUGGUAUCAGCACAAGUCUAGUUUACUUGUGAAACAAUUAAGAGGUCAGGUCUGGGUGUGGAUUGGUGUAACUUUUUCUCUUUUACUGCAACUUACAGGUAUGUAUUUGCUUAUGGAAUAAUAUUCCUUUUACCAGUUAUUUUUCUAAAAAAUAACUUCUUUGUUUUUCAAGAAAUAAUCCAUUAUUCUUGUGAUAAUAAUUACUCUUUGUUCAUCAAGGAAUAACCAGUUAUUUUUCUAAAAAUAACUGUUCUUUGUUUUUCAAGAAAUUAUCCAUUAUUCUUCUGAGAAUAAUUACUCUUGUUCAUCAAGGAAUAACCAGUUAUUUUUCUAAAAAUAAAUGUUCUUUGUUUUUCAAGAAAUAAUCCAUUAUUCUUCUGAGAAUAAUUAUGCUUGUUCAUCAAGGAAUAACCAGUUAUUUUUCUUGGAUUAACUACUGUAGUUCUUCAAGGCAUGCUAAUGUUAAUCCAUAGUGAUGUUAUAAUUUAGUUCACUGUAUGAUUGUUCCAAUUGCAUUCCUUUUUGCGCAGAUCUGUUCCAGUUUGAAAAGGAGCCUUUGUGUCUUGUGAUAUAAACUGCAGAUAUGUUAUAAAUGUAAUGAUUUACUGUACUUUAUAUUUCAUGUUACUUCUAUGCAGUCUGUUGUUGAGGCGUUACUUACCAAUUUUAAAGAUAUUUUUGUAGGUUUACUUAGUUCAUGAACCCAUAUAUGCAUGGAAAUACUAACAAAAAAUGUGCAGAAACUCCCAAGAUCUUUUCAUGUUAUGCCAAUAAAGCUUCCACAAAUGC